AUGGCCGCAUCUACGGCUGGCAUCAUGCUGCUGCUUCUACUUGGCGGCAUCGCCUAUUUUCUCCUGCUUGUCGCCUAUCGUUUGUGCCUGCACCCCUUGGCCGGCUUCCCGGGGCCCAAGCUAGCCGCGGCCAGCAGCUGGUACGAGUUUUAUCACGACGUCAUCGGCCGAGGCGUGUUUUGCUGGGAGAUUAAGCGCAUGCAUGACAGAUACGGCCCCAUCGUCCGGAUCAACCCGGACGAGCUUCACAUCCUCGACACGAGCUUCUACGAGGAGAUUUACGCGCCGGCGUCCAAGAAGCGCGACAAGUACGCCGACUACGUGGUGUUCCUGGGGGUGCCGACGGGCGCGUUCGCGACGUGCCCGCACGACCACCACCGGGUGCGGCGCAAGGCCCUCAACGUGUCCUUUUCCAAAAGGGCCAUCUACGAGGCCGAGGGCCUGGUCCGGAACAAGGUGCGCCUCCUCUGCGCGCGCCUCGGGGGCAUCGCGCGGGCCGACGGGGUCGUGCGGCUCGACGCGGCCCUGUUCGCGCUCGCCAACGACAUCAUCACCGAGUACAGCUUCGGGGAGGGCUACGACUGCCUGGGCAAGGACGACUUCCAGGCCGACUUCAAGGGCGUGCUGCUGACGGCGGUCGAGGCCGGCGCCUUUAUCCGGCAGUUCCCCUGGGCGGUCGGGGUGGUCAAGGCCAUGCCGCCGGCCGUGCUGCGCCGCGUCAGCGCCGCCUUUGCGAGCCUGCUGCAGUGGGAGGCCAUUGUCGACAAGAGGGUCAGGACGCUGGUGGCGGCGCAUGGGGGCGACGAGAAGAAGAAGGGGGAGGAGCCGCCGCCGCCGGCCGCCGCCGACAGGUGCGUCUUCACGACGCUGCUCAACAGCGACCUGCCGGCCGCGGAGAAGUCGUACCAGCGCCUGAGCGACGAGGGCAAGUCGCUCAUGGGCGCGGGCAGCGAGACGACGUCGUGGACCCUGACGCUGCUCCUGUGGUACGUCGCGCGCGACGCCCGCAUCCUGUCGAGGCUGCGCGAGGAGCUGAGAGACAUGCCGGGCGGCGACGGCGGCGACGGCGGCGGCUCGCUGCUGAAAUGGCUCGAGCAGAGGCGGUACCUGAGCGCCGUGGUCAACGAGGCGUUGCGCUUCGACCACGGCGCCAUCGGCCGGCUGCCGCGCAUCGCGCGCGAGCCGCUGCGGUACAGAGACUGGGUCGUGCCAGCCGGGACGCCGCUGAGCUCGACCAACUACUGGGUGCACAUGGACGAGAGCAUCUUCCCCGAUCCGCACCGCUUUUCGCCCGAGAGGUGGCUCGACGCCGAGCGCGCCGGCUUCCCUCUGCAGAAGUACCUGGUGUCCUUUUCCAAGGGCAGCCGGCAGUGCGUUGGCCAAAAUCUUGCCACUGCCGAGCUGUACCUCACGGCGGCGGCGCUGCUUGCGCGCUUCGACUUUGAGUUUGUCGACACCACGGAGCGGGACGUCUUGCCGGCGCGCGACUGCUUCAUCCCGCGGCCAGUGGUCGGGUCGCGCGGCGUGUACGCCAAGGUCGUGGACAGGGAUGGCUCGGCUCUGCAAUGA